AUUGUGGACAUGAAGAAAGCCAUCGGGUGGACAAACAGAAGCCAGGCUGGGGAUAUCAUGAGCCGACCCCACUCCAUCAUGCAGAUGACAGCGUGCGCGUUGUUUACGCUCAUCAUUCUCCCUGUCAGCACCUCGUCGGAGGCUGAGUCCUGCCCUGCAGUCUGCGAGUGCUCUGAGUGGAAGACUCGUACAAUCUCCUGCUUUGACAUUGACAUGCUCCCCAGGUUUCCAGCGAGCACGGAGACACUGUGGCUUUUUGAGACCAGCCUGUCAUCUGUGCCAGCUGAGGCCUUUGCCAACAUGGUCAACAUCUCAAGGAUAUACAUAUCGGUCGACAUGACAUUGCAGAGGCUGGAGAGGCACUCAUUCAGCAGCCUGAGGAAAAUCAUCCAUAUAGAGAUACGCAAUGCAAAGAGUCUGACCUACGUUGACCCAGAAGCCUUUAAGAAUCUCCCAAACCUCAAAUACUUGGGAAUUUUCAACACUGGUCUCACUUCUUUCCCUGACUUGAGCAACAUCCACUCUAAUGAUAUGAACUUCAUACUGGAAAUUGUGGAUCAUCCUUACAUCACAGAGAUCCCGGCCAACUCAUUCCGUGGUAUCACCAGCGAUGUGCUGACAGUGAUGCUCUAUGGAAAUGGCUUCAGAGAAAUUCAACAUCACGCCUUCAAUGGGACCAAGCUAGAUCAAGUUGACCUUCACAGGAAUAAGCAUUUGACCAAGAUGGAUGAAAGGGCCUUUGCAGGCACCAUCAGAGGCCCCGUGCUCCUUGACGUGUCCCUGACAGGGAUUAGUUCACUGCCAACCACAGGCAUGGAGUCACUUCGGGAGCUGAAGGCACGAAAUACUUGGGCUCUCAAGAAACUUCCCCCCAUCAAAACCUUCAAACACCUCUCCACGGCCAACCUCACCUACCCCAGCCACUGCUGCGGCUUCAAAAACCUCAGAAAGAAACGAGGCUUCUUGGAGUAUAUCAUCUGUAACCUGACUGCUUUUUAUGACCAGCAUCACAAGCGCUCUGUGGGGCCCCUCCGCAUGCCGUCUCUCCAAGGGGACAGCGUGGUGGAAACAGUCCCAGACCAAGAGCCAAAUGACAGAGGUCAAUUUCAUGGUAGCUUCCACUACCGUGCCUACUUUGGGGGCCAGCCAGAUGAGGAUGUGGGUUUUGGAGAGACCCUCAAGAACCCCCAGGAGGACACCAGCCAAGAGUUUGACAGUCAUUAUGAUUAUGUGGUGUGUGAGGAGGGAGAGGAGGUGGCGUGUGCACCAGUGCCCGAUGAGUUCAAUCCUUGUGAGGACAUAAUGGGUUUUGGCUUCCUGCGAGUGUCUGUGUGGUUUGUGAGUCUGCUGGCCGUUCUAGGCAACAUGGUGGUGCUCCUGGUGCUGCUCACCAGCCACUACAAGCUCUCGGUCUCCCGCUUCCUCAUGUGUCACCUGGCCUUUGCAGAUCUGUGCAUGGGGAUUUAUCUGCUGCUUAUUGCCUCUGUAGACCUCCACACGCGAUCUGAGUAUUUCAACCACGCCAUAGACUGGCAAACGGGGCCUGGUUGUGGACUUGCGGGGUUUUUUACGGUCUUUGCCAGCGAACUGUCUGUCUACACCUUGACAGUGAUCACCCUUGAGAGGUGGUAUGCUAUUACCUUUGCUAUGCAGCUGGACCGUAAGCUGUGCCUGCACCAUGCAGCAGCUGUCAUGCUAGGUGGCUGGAUCUUCUGCCUCAUCCUGGCACUGCUUCCAUUGUUUGGGGUGAGCAGUUACCAGAAGGUCAGCAUCUGUCUCCCAAUGGACACCCAGUCUACAGUGGCGCAGGUCUACAUCUUGUCAGUGCUGGUCCUCAACAUCCUGGCAUUUCUUGUUAUCUGUGCUUGCUACUCUAAAAUCUACUGCACAGUACGAAACCCUCACUACCUCUCUGGAUCUAAGGAUGCCAACAUCGCCAAACGCAUGGCCAUCCUCAUCUUUACUGACUUCUUGUGUAUGGCACCAAUCUCCUUCUACGCCAUGUCAGCUGUGCUGGAUCAGCCGCUCAUCACUGUCUCUAAAUCCAAGAUUCUAUUGGUGCUGUUUUACCCGCUCAAUUCCUGUGCCAACCCAUUUCUCUACGCCAUUUUCACCAAGGCCUUCAUGGGAGACAUAUUCAUCCUGCUCAGUAAGGUGGGCCUAUGUCAACAGCGGGCACAGUUGUUCAGAGGCCAGACAGUCUCAUCAAAGGGCAGCAGUGGGACAUCUCAGGGCCGUAGAGAUAAGUUUAGGAAAAGAGGAAGUGGAGGCCAGAAGGAGAUGCCUAUCCACCUGAAGAUGUGCUCUGGACAUAUGUGCCAGCAAGCACUCAGCCAGCAGAUGAGCCCCGAAGAGCAUCAGAGUCUGGACAUGUGAGUCAAACACCAGCUUUAAGUAGCAAAGAAAGAUCAAUUCUGCUGGAGGACAAGAGGCUUUGAAGUGCUUAUAGACAGAGCUGUGUAGACAUUUAUCAGAAAG